CACCUGCGUCUCUGCUUGUUUUGGUUCUUUAAUUCAUUACGAAUGUGUAGACAUAAGUACAUUUAUCUAUGAGUCAAAAUGAUUCAUACGUGCUGCGUUGGUUCAUGAUGGAAAACAAAAUAUCCGAAGCAACUAAAAGAUUUAAAUCGAUGAAUAAGGCCAGUGGCUGAUUCAUUGGUGAGGACAAAGCAAAGAUGCAGCCAAGCUGAAGUUGAUCUGUUCUAUGCUUUGCAUUGGUUGUAUUUUAAAGGGUUAAUUCGGAAAAAGUGGUAUGAGAACCAUAUCAGAAGCUUAUCAUGCAAAAUACAACAGGAGCAACAGGCAUGAGUACCGGAAGUUAAGCCAAGUACUGCUACGGAUGGGGUUGGCAGCAAAGCGUAUUUUAGCCAUCAACAAAAGGCCUUAGGAUCUUAAUUAAUCAAUUGCCGUUCAGGUGUAGUUGAUUUUUUGGGGGUCUUUUUUGCCAGCAGUCAUAUAACUUUUACUGAGCACUAUAUUUCGCCGCGGAGCAACUAUUUUGUGUCACAAGGUGUUGCUGUGAGAUCCGCAUGAACCUUAAACUGUUGUUGAGGUUUCAAUGAUGGUGCGUGUUUGUGUUUUUCCCGGCUGUGCAAACAAAGAAGUUUCUGGGUUACCGUACAGAUUUCAUCCCAUCCCAUUGGGAGACAUUGGUGUAAAACAUUUGUGGCUACUUGCACUGAAAAUAGACCUCGGCACAUCGCGAGCAGCGCUGAAGAACCUCCGCGUCUGCAGCGAUCACUUCUCUGACGAGGAUUAUGAAACACCUGCGACAAAUAACAAAACUCAACACAAGCUAAAAAUCACUGCUACACCCAAAAAUCAGGGAAAGCCACCGUCGAAAAAAGCCACAGUGCUGAACAAGGUGAACAAAGCUCCUGCAGCCCCAUCGGGAGCAGAAGCAUCGCCUGCUCGUUUUGAGUGGGGCGCCUACUUGGAUAAAGAAACGUCUCUGGCUGCGUCAGUGUCCUGCUUCAGACAUGCCCCGCUCUGUGCCCAGUGGGACGACAUCCAUGUGGGGAUGAAGGUGGAGGUCCUGAACUCAAACGCAGUCCUGCCCAGUAAAGUCUACUGGAUCGCCACGGUCAUCCAGGUUGCAGGAUACAAAGCUCUGUUGAGAUAUGAGGGGUUUGAACACGACAGCAGCCAUGAUUUUUGGGGCAGCCUCGUGUCAGGAGAGCUGAACCCAAUCGGGUGGUGCGCCAUGACCAGCAAGCUGCUGGUGCCACCGAAAGAUGUAAAUCAGAACAUCCCAGAUUGGAAAGACUAUCUGAUGAAGAAGCUGGUGGGGGCUGACACUUUACCUGUUGACUUCUACCUGAAGCUCGCAGAGAGCAUGAGGACCUCCUUCAGAAUCGGCUCGCGCGUGGAGGUGGUGGAUCCCAAACACGUGAGCCGGACCCGCAUCGCCCUCAUCGACUCGAUUGUCGGCGGCCGUCUGCGGUUGGUGUACGCAGACCAAAGCGACGCCCCUGAAAACGUUACCCUCGACUUCUGGUGCCAUAUGUGGAGCCCCCUCCUGCACCCGAUAGGCUGGUCCAGCAGAGUGGGUCAUGACAUCAAAACACCCGUAAACACCAUGGAAGCGGCUACUUCCCGGGGACACUCCGACAGUUCAUUCCUGCUCUUUAAGAAGCCCAGGUUUGUCUACAUGGACGGGUGUUUCUUCGAGGAGGGGAUGAAGCUGGAGGCCAUCGACCCUCUUAAUCUGGGCAGCAUCUCUGUGGCCACUGUGCACAAGGUGUUGUUAGAUGGAUACCUGAUGGUGGGUAUCGAUGGCACAAUAUCCAACAACGGUUCUGACUGGUUUUGUUACCACGCCUCGUCUCAUGCCCUCCUUCCUGUGGGCUUCUGUGAGAAGAACAAACUCCCUCUCACUGUACCUCCAGGUUAUGACUCCAAGACCUUCACCUGGGACAAAUACCUGAAAGAGACCAGAGCUCGAGCCGCACCAUCAAGACUGUUCAAUGUUGACUACCCGGGUCACAGCUUCUCCCGCAACAUGAAGCUGGAAGCGGUGGACCUGAUGGAGCCGCGCCUGGUGUGUGUGGCCACAGUGAAGCGCUUCGUGGGCCGCCUGCUGCUCAUUCACUUUGACGGCUGGGAGGACGAGUUUGACCAGUGGAUCGACCACCAGUCCCCGGACAUCUACCCUGCUGGCUGGUGUGAUCUCAUGGGCUACCAGCUGCAGCCGCCACCUGGACUCGUGAAUUUGUUUGAGAACCAAAGCAAGAAAGCCAAGCCUUUUAUGUUGAGGAAAAAGAAAAAGAGGAAUGCCAAAAAGAGGCUCUCUCAGGAACAAGCUGAAGAUGCUGCUUCUCAGGAGCAUGAUGGCCAGCCUGAGGCCACCGGCACUGACAGUCCUCCAGAGCCUAAAGAGCCAAGUCUUCCUUCAAAACAUCCUAUCAUCAAGCCCAAGUCUGAGUCAGAGGAGCAGGAGAUCUUUGCAGUGCACGUGAAAGUUGAAGAGGUGGAGGUUGAGAUGGAGACGCCUACUGAACCUCCAGACAACCGUAAACAGCUCCCUCUAAGUAUAAUUAAAAUGGAGGAGGCGGGGGAGCAGAGCGAGGCACGACCACAUCAGGAGCCAGAGCGGAGCAGUUUGAAAAACAGGGCACAUGGGAAGACGACAAAAAGGGCAUCAGCAGCCGGGAGACAGACAAAGUUUUGCUCAUUGGAAAAGAGUUGUAAUGAAGAAAGCAUCACGGAGAAAAGCAUAGAAGGAGAUGACAGUGCUAUGGAGGACAUUUCAGAUAUCAAUGUUGAGCAGGACACAGAGGACGGGGCUGUAGAAAUGGACGAUUGAGAUGUUUGCUUGAAGAAAAAGUUGGAUGAGCAAAGAGACGUGCAACAUCUGUCAAGAUCUUUGGUGGUUUAAAGUUACAAUCCUACAAAUGUCAGUCCUGGUGAGAUGAAGAGCAUGUUAACAGCAUGUGGAUACCCUAAGUUUUUAGGGCUAACCUUUCAAACUUCUGCAUUUUGUUAGGUAUAACAGUGAUGUGGCUCUGAGUGAUUUAACAAACUGUGAGGCUGCAGUCACAACAACACAGCUGGAUGUUUUGCUAAAUGUUUCCUGUAGAUCACUGAGGUUAACGUAGUAACCAGUACGGUUACCAUUGCUGUGUUUCUAUCACUGCUUCAUGUUUAAGGACUGACUGCAACUGAGAUGAGCAUCCAACAGUACAAAGCUGACAAACUCAAACCUGCACACUUGGCUCGUCAUGAAUGUUCGAGGCUAUUACCUGCUGCAUCCGUCUACUCAGCCAGACUUUAUGCCGUCUUCUUAAUACUCAAGAAUCUAAGGGCCAAAUGAGAAGGCAUGCUACACACUGACAGACAAUGUCGGGAUGUUUUCACAAGUGCAGUAUCUUUAUGAAAUGGGCUUUAAAGAUGUAAUUAUUGAAUGCAUAUACAUAAAAUAAUGAUUGCUGUAAAAUGCCGACCAUAAACAGUUUGGCAGACCAGGUUUGAUUUGAUGACAUUUUAAUACUUGAAAACACUGGACAGCCCACAAGGAGCAACUUAGUCAGUGUUGUAACUACCUCACUUUAUCCAAACUGUCAAACUCUGAGGACCUUUGUGCAUAAUGUGUUUUUUUAGAGUUCAACAUGACUUAUCAUUGAGAGUUAAACAUGUGGACGUCAUCCGGAGAUGUUUGAUCAUUCUGAGUUAACAGAGCAGACAAAUGUUUGUUGUAAGGUUUUAUUUCUCCAUGGUCAGAUCCAGAUGUUCUUCUGUUUUUGUAAAUAUGUAAUAUUUCAUUAAAAAAAUAACUUGAUCAUAA